AUGCACCCACGGUUUCAGUGUUCAUCCACUGGUGCUGACCUUUUUUGCUGGGGCAUUUGUGCGCGCUUUCCCUCCAUUGUCUAUUUUUUUCGCGCAGGAAUCAACAGGUGGGCAUUCGUGAGUGCUGCGGCGGGCUUUUGUUGCCCUCGCCGGGACGCGCUUAACGGCGGCAGUUCCAUCACUUUGUGCACAAAAGGAAUGGGACUUUCUCCGGAUCCUCACCGCAGGCGCAUGCCGUGGACGGCCGCAAAGGAGUGUGUGCCCGGUGUUGUUCGUAGCUCCAAGGAAAAGAUGGUGUUGGAUGGAGCACAGCGAGUGGAUGUGGAAUGUGUCGACCGUGCAUCGCAGGUGUAUCCGCUGGAGGCAUUGCGGGCGGCCGUCGCCACAUGUGAGUACAAUAUAUUUAGAGGAAAGAACAUUUUUAAUUGGUCUCUCAGGUGGAAUCCAAUGUGCUCAGGCAAUGCUUUACGGCAAGGAGUGGCCGGAGGGGACGCACGACGAGGACGCCACUCGCACCGCCAUUUAUUUCCGUCGCCGCGAGACCACAACGCUGUCCGCGCCAAUACGCCUUGCGGAUUUUCCGAGGCGGCAUGCGCUGUUCUGUUUGUCGCCACUGUUCCCCCAUCCCCGAGCGUCGGCGCAGAAGUCCCUGUCGAUGCAACUUCCUAUCGAUUGCGGACACACCCAUUGAUUGAUGCGGCCGGCACCGCCCCCAGCAGCUGGUGCAGUGGGACUGGGGACGAGAACACAGCAGACCAAGUUCAGUCAGAUGGUGCUGGCAGCCCUGUCAGCGUCUCGCCUACCACAGCGGCGAGCACAGAAAUCGACGGGAAAGGAGAGGAAUCAAAUGACUGCCAGGAAAACAAUUGUCUUUUAACAUCGCUCCCUGUCAAACAGCCGGAAGAAUGA